CACUCAUGUUCACGUCUCGCGUCUGAAACGAUUUAAAAUGCAUCUUCUCUGCGUACAAGCUCGGUAACGUGUAAUUCCAAGGUUUCUAACAGGGAUCAACAAUGUCUGCGCCGAAACAGCAACAAAAUGCCCACGGAGAGCCCAAAGAGCGAAAGAAAAAGGAGAGCAUUCUCGAUCUAUCCAAAUACUUAGAAAAGAAUAUUAGAGUGAAAUUUGCGGGAGGAAGGGAAGCCGCUGGUAUACUCAAAGGUUAUGAUCCUCUUCUUAAUCUGGUCUUGGAUAACACCACCGAAUAUCUAAGAGAUCCUGAUGAUCCCUACAAGCUGAAUCAAGAUACUCGCAUGCUUGGUCUGGUCGUAUGCAGAGGUACCUCUGUAGUUCUGAUCUGUCCGGUGGAUGGUAUGGAGUCGAUUCAAAACCCUUUCAUACAGCAGGAAGGAUAAUCCUAUUCGCCUCGAAAGUUUGUUAAUCGUUAAGCUUAAGAAGAACUUUUUUAUAACAGAAAUGGGCGUAAUUUAUUUUACAAGUGAACUGUGUAAGUAAAAACUUCUAUGGUAAAUACAUUGAUAUGAUUUUCUUAAAAGAUA